AUGUCAGUAAAAGAUAAAUUAACAAAUCCAUUAACAGGAUUGGGAAUUGUCAUUUCCUUCUCACUUAUCUUCAUUUUUACUAUUGCAAUUCUCACUGAAAUGAAGAAGAAAAAUGAGGCAACGCCAACACCUCAACCGGUGAAAUCUCCAUCUCCGGAUACUGGGACGCCUUCAGAUGGAACGCCUUCUACGAAAGAAAUUCUAGAAACUUCUACUGUGAUUCCUUCUCGGAGUUCUUCUCAGAGUCCAGAAACAACAACGACGGAAAAGAAAAAACGGAAAAUGUGUGAUUCCCCGGAAUGUAUUACACUUUCUUAUCAGUUGCUAAACUGGCGUGAUAUCAAUGUUGAUCCAUGUGAAGAUUUCUACAAGGCGUCAUGUGGAAGAUAUAGUAAGCAUACGGAUACGAAAGGAACUCGGAUUGUGGAGAAGGAAGCGAUCACGAUUCAACUGAUAUCAGAUUUCCUUCUCCAAAACAAGUCAUCUGAAUCACGAUCUGAAAAUACAAUGAAAUUAUACUAUCAUAAAUGCAGAUCUCUGAAAGAUAAAACAAUUUUUGACCAAGAAAAAAACAAAAGUUUACGCGACUUAACGGAGGAUUUGAAAUCUAUUGGAUCUUGGCCGUCACUUGAUAAAAAUUGGGAUGAGUCGAAGUUUGAUUUGAACGAAAUGCUUGCGAAUAUGGCAAAACUUCAUGUAAGGAAUUUCGGGAUUUUCCAGUUUAAGAAGGAUGACUCGAAACAUUUGAAUCUGAUGGCUCCGGAUGGAGUGAAGUUUUACAAAGGGUUUAUUAAGACGUUGGAAGAAAUCCUAACUGCAAAUGGUAUCGAUCCAAAAUCGAAAGAAGUGGCAGAUGAUAGCAAUGAAGUGGAGAAAUUCAUUAAACAACUUGAUAAUCCAUUGAAAACAGAGAAAUUCAAUGAAUACAACACAAAACUACUGAAAUCUCACACUCCAAGUGUUGACUUUGAAAGAAUAAUAAAGAAUUUGAUACCGAAGGGAAAAGAGAUGGAAGAGAAUUUAGUGAAGAAAAUGAGAGUGGAAGAUUCGGAAUGGUUUUUUGGAAAGAAUCAGAAUUUAGAGAAGCUUCUUGAGUCAACACCGAAAAGGACACUGGCCAACUUUUUGAUUUUCAAUUUUAUUGCGGAGACCACGAGAACCGUGCCGUUUUCUCUUGUAGAAAUGAAAAAAGAGAGUUGUGGAAAAACUGUAAUCCACGCGUUCCCAAGAGCCGCUGUCCGAAUCUUUGUCCGCAAUUAUUUCGAAAAGGAAAAUUUGAAAAUUAUAUCCGAAAUGGUCGAUGAAAUCCGAGAUUCCUCUGUGAAAAUCUUGAAAAACUCCACGUGGCUUCAGUCAAAGUCGGAAGCAGUGAAAAAUCUUGAAGACAUGAAGAAAAUGAUUGGCUACCCAGAGGAUUAUGAGGCACCUGGAACGUUGGAUAGAAUUUUUGAAUCGCUCACUGUGUCUCCAGACGACUCGUAUUACAAGCUAACUCAAAAAAUGCUGCGAUUCCAAACGGAACAGACCGUGGAAUACAUUGCAGAUGACUUAUCACUGGAUCCAGAGCAUCCGUUAUUCGAGACAAAUGCGUUCUACACAAAAUCUCAAAAUGUUUUAUCCAUUAUGGUAUCAAUUAUUGAUGAUCCUCUGUUUGACGAUUCCUUUCCAAAAUACGCAAAAAUAGUUUCAACCGGGUCGAUUAUUGCUCAGGAAAUUGGUCAUAACGUUGAGUACAGUAUCCAGAAUCCAGAAGAUUUAGUAGAAUAUCAGAAGAGAGGGAAGUGUCUGGUAGAUCAAUACAGUCAGUAUGAUGAUCCGGAUUCAGGGAAAAAUCCGAACGCCGGUCUGGCUAUGAGUCAACUGAUCAUUGAUGAUUUUGGAGCAGAUGCCACAUGGCAAACUUUCAAAAAUCUUGAUAUUUCCGAGGAAGCAAUCAUUCCGGGAUUCAAAGAAGAUGAUGUGGAUAAGCUAUUCUUCCAUAUAUAUGCAUUGAACUUUUGCUCUCCACAAAACUUUGAUCCAGACUCCAAAACCACUCCAACCAAUAGCUUCCGUGUGAACGGAGUGUUCUCCAACAUGCCAUCUUUCGCUAAAACUUUCGAAUGUCCCGUUGGAUCACCGAUGAAUCCGAAGACGAGAUGUGAACUAUUCUAA